AUGCACGCUAGACCGACAUCCUUGUCUACCAGGUUCACCAGGCUCACCGACGGCUCGCGACGACGUCUUGCGACUUCAGCUUCGCGCCACAGCGAGAAUGUCGUCCUCAAUCGCUACAGCCGCACAGUGACUCAGCCCAAGACGCAGGGCGCGAGUCAGGCCAUGCUCUACGCGACGGAUGGCAUUACAAACGAUGACGACUUCAACAAGGCUAUGGUCGGCGUGGCAAGCGUUUGGUAUGAGGGCAACCCAUGCAACAAGCACCUGUUGGGCCUGGGACAGGACGUAAAAAAGUCGCUGACCGACGCUGGUAUCAUCGGAUACCAGUUCGGCACAGUCGGUGUCAGCGAUGGCAUCAGCAUGGGGACGCGGGGGAUGUCCUACUCCCUGCAGUCCCGGGACCUCAUUGCCGACCAAGUCGAGACCGCUGCCGGCGGGCACUGGCUAGACGGCAUGGUCGUGGUUCCUGGCUGCGACAAAAACAUGCCGGGCGUUCUUAUGGCACUCGGCAGAUUGAACCGCCCGGGCAUCAUGAUGUACGGGGGCACCAUCCGGGCGGGUUCAUGCGCGGGCGCGCCACAGCUGGACAUUGUCUCUGCGUUCCAGUCGUACGGCAAGUACCUGCAGGACGGGAAGACACCAGCUGCCGAACAGGAGCGCUACGACACCGUCCGGCAUGCGUGUCCCGGCCCCGGAGCGUGCGGCGGGAUGUACACCGCGAACACGAUGGCGAGCGCGGCCGAGGCGCUGGGAAUGACAUUACCCGGCUCCUCGUCGUUCCCAGCCGAAUCUCAGGAGAAGAUGCAGGAGGCGCGCAGCAUCGGGCCAGUCAUGCGCAACCUGCUCGAGAAAAACAUUCUGCCCCGGAAUAUCAUGACUCGCUCUGCCUUCGAGAACGCCAUGGUUCUGACGAUGAUUCUUGGAGGAUCAACCAAUGCGGUCCUCCAUCUGAUCGCCAUUGCCCACUCGGUCGGUAUCGAGCUGACCCUCGAUGACUUCCAGAGUGUGUCCGACCGCACCCCGUUCAUUGCGAACCUGAAGCCCAGUGGCCAGUAUGUGAUGGAGGACGUGUACAAGCUGGGUGGCAUCCCGAAAAUCCUGGCGUAUUUACUCAAAAACAACCUUAUAGACGGCAACAACAUGACCAUCACCGGUCGCACGCUGGGCGAGAACCUCGAGAGGUGGACCCACGAGCACGGGGAGCUUUCCUUCUCUGGCCAGGACAUUAUCCGCCCACUAGAAAAGCCGAUCAAGGAGACUGGCCACCUGAGAAUUUUGCGUGGCAACCUCGCGCCCGGUGGCGCCGUUGCAAAAAUCACCGGGAAGGAGGGACUUGGCUUCACCGGUAAGGCGCGUGCAUUCGACACAGAGGACGACUUUGUCGCUGCCGUCGAGAGCGGCUCGAUCAAGAAGGGCGAGAAGACGGUCGUCGUGCUCAGAUAUCUCGGGCCGAAGGGCGGACCAGGAAUGCCCGAAAUGCUCAAGCCGACGAGUCUGAUCAUGGGUGCAGGCCUCGGCCACGACGUUGCGUGCCUCACGGACGGUCGUUUCAGCGGCGGCUCGCACGGCUUCUGCAUCGGCCACGUCGUGCCAGAGGCGCAGGUGGGCGGCCCGAUCGCUCUCGUGCAGGACGGCGACAUCAUCUCUGUGGACGCCGUCAAGAACACACUUGAUUUCCGAGUGUCUGCGGAGGAGCUUGAGCGCAGGAGGCGCGAAUGGAAGGCCCCGCCACUCAAGACCAACCAGGGCACGCUGUACAAAUAUGUCAAGUCUGUGGAAGACGCGAGCCGCGGCUGCAUCACCGACGCAUGA